AUGAAUUUUUCAUGCAAUCCAUUUCAGAUUCCUGUUAAUGAAACUAACGCGAGAAUGCUGAUCGAAGAGUUGAGCGCAAUGAAGGAACUGAACCAAGAGUUGAUAUCGAAGUUGGCCAGAUCCGAACGUGAUCUACAAUCGCUCAAAAUCCAGUUGGACUUACAAGAGAAAAAAUGUGAGGCAAAAUUUGCUAGUAAGCUUGCA